AUGACGGACAAAACCCUUUUCAUCUCAUUCCUGUCAGUUUGCUUCCUCAAAUAUCUGCUUUGUAGCUCAAUACAUAUUUACGAAUUUAACAAAAGGGAGUUGCUAAAAAUUUAUGAAGAGUCCACUGGGGAUGAUUUGGCUUUAGGAAAAAAUACGCUGGACGCGGAAGACGUAUUUCACAAUUUGAAGCUACUUUCCAUAUGCAAUAGCAACAGAAAUAAUUUUGUUAAGCAUAUUUCCAACUUGGUUUGUAAAAAUAUUUUCUUUUCAUCUUAUGUAAGAAUAACAAAGGUGGAUGUCCUCUAUGGGGACAUGGUUCACUCGAAGGGAUCCAAACAUGUGAAGGAAAUAAACUUCGUCUGUAAAUAUUACAUAUAUGACAAUUCAUACGAAAUUGUAAAAUGUAAUGAUGGGUUCGACAUAGAAAGGAGGAGAAGUGAUGAAGAAAAAAGAGUAAGCAAUCAUGGCGACUUUAUGCAAUCAAACCAUUUGAUAACUUCCGAAAAAACGCUCUCUGUGGAUAGUGGGGAAGAAGCUGAUAAAUCUACAGAGAAGAACACCAAGGGGGUGAUAACUUCAAGUGUGGGGACCCACAAUGGGGACUAUUUAUGCAAAUUAAAAUUGAAUGUUCAUUCUUACUUAACCGAGGCAGAAAAGGUUAUGCUAAAAAUUUUAAUCGGCUUGUGCAUCAAAUUGGGAUACAAAAGGCAGAUCUUGUUCACAGAAAAUGUGCACUCCUUGGUUAAACAUUACGAACAUAACCAACUUAAGGAUACCCUUUUCAGUCUCCAGUUCGAUGUGCAUUAUAGCAAAUUUUACUCCACUAAUGAUGUGUACAGUAUAGAAGGUGAAAAUUCGUUUAUUAAUGAUGAGAGAAAGAUGGACAGAGAAAGGGGCAUCCCCAAAAUGCACUUCAAAUUUUUUGCUAACAAAUCGUAUUUGCUGUGGAGAGGGAUAGAACAAAAAAGGGAAGUUUUUAAUUAUAAAUUUCGCGAGUUGAUAAGUCUGCUAAAUCGGAUCAACUACAAAGAAAGGAUUAAAGCAUGCUACAUGAACGAGUUGUAUGUUCAAUACGAGGAGGAUGAACUGUAUAUGAGGAAGAGUCUGUCUAGCAAGCUAACCAAGCAAUCAGCUGAAAAAACGAAACAUCAAAACCGUUUGAGAUUGCAGGAGAAAAACACAUCGGGAAAUUAUAUUUUAGUGGAAGCACUCGAACACUUCUGCGGAGAGGACGCCGCAUCUUUUGAAGACUGCGUCAGCAAUGUGAUGUCAUCCUCCACGCUGGACGAGAAGGGAAAAAGCAUUAUGCACCACUUCUUAUAUAGCAACUUUUUAUGCGUCGAAAAAUGCCCCCCAAAUGAAGAAGAAAUAAACGUAUUUGGACAUGACAUGGUCAGAAAAAAAUUACAGCAGUAUAUCAGUCAGAGCAGCUCCUUACCAUUUAGGAGGAAUACUUUUUCCGAAAAGAUAAAAAACAAAAUUAAGAAAAAAAAAAUACCUAGUGACGUUCUGCUCCCUCGGGAUGAAAACAUACAAAAGGAGUUCUUCGAAAAUGUUAUCUUCUCCACCGAUCUUGACUCUAUAAAAUCGUUAUUAAAGGAUGAAUUAGACAAACUAAAUGUGAAGGAUAAUGUGGAACAUAGAAUUUGCAAUAUUGGGAAGUACGUGAGGUACCAUGAAAAGCUGUACAUAAGGGACUACCAAAGGAGGAAGAGUAGAAUGCUGUACGAGUUUGGCAUAUUAAGGGGUUCCUUUUGGAGUAACCUGAAAGGUGCUCGAAGGUGGAAUUGGGGGAAAGGGGAGAAACAGGCGGAAACCGGUGGAGACUUUAAUUUUGCGAUAAAAAAUUCUCAUGGAGGUGUUGCCAACACGGGGGCACCAACAGGUACUUCCCAAAGUGGUGAUAAGCAUCACGGGGUUGGAGAUCGAAGGACGAACGGGAUGGAUGGAAGCAAAGACGUAGACAUUAUUCCCCCCCGGUUCAUUGUCGAACCAGGAGGAAAAAAAAUCCACAUACUGCAAAGCGAGUACGAGUAUGACGUUUUGCGGGACGUGUAUCGAACUGAUCAGGCGAACCGGAGAAGUGGUGAGAAGGAGAGUCACCUCUCUAGGGACAGAGCAGUCAGAAGAAACGAAUUUUUUAGCCUUUUUCACCAUAGGGAGGGUCAUUAUAAGUUUGUUAUCAAAAAUGUUCCCACCAAAUUGAGAGAACUUUUGCAGAAAAGUGGAAACCAUCGGGGCGGUGGAAUCCACCCGCGCGGUGGCAAUGAAUGGGAGACAGACCCAUAUCCCUUCUCAUACAGGAACUUGCGAUUCGCAUGCAGCACAGACGGGACAUGGCCAUAUGGCAGAAGAGAGGUGGCCUUUUUUAAAAACGGGAGCGUCCACUGCGAAGCGGAAUUUCAAAACGAGUUAUCAGUGAGCAGAACCCCCCGAAAUGGGAAGCAAUCACUUGGGCAUUCACCAAGGGGGGUACUAAUAAAAAGUAGCGACCUGAGGAGCAAAAUUGUGGAGAGGAAUUCUAUUGACAAAAGGAACGUACCCCUGAAGAGUGAAAAAAAAAAGAAGGCUCUCUUUUUACAUCCAGAAAGUGUGCUAUACGAAAAGGAAGAAAUAUAUUUUGCUGAAAAUCCAGGCGUCAAAAGUGAAGUUAUCGGGUUUGUUCUUUACCAUGAUGUGUGCACAGUCUGGUACUUGGGGCAAGACACACAUCCCGUUAACUCCCCUUUCUUGGGGAGCGACCUGCUGGAGAUGAUAUUUGGCUAUUGUAUUUUACACGGGUUUAGAAAAAUGAGAGUAAAAAAUGAAUCCUUAAAUUACGAAACUGGGAUAAGGACAUCAUUUAUUGAGAUCCUACUUAAUGGGAAAACAGCACUUGAACAUUUAGGGUUAAGACUUACAAAUGUAGCGAAAUUUUCUAAAGAACUAUAUUAUGUCAUCACUGGGUAUACAUGGAAAAGUGAUUUGGUACUAUCACCUAUGGUAAGGUUUGAAAAUAAUUUGUACAUAAAUCAUGACAUAGAGGAGCGAUUUUUCCAUUACGUGAACAAAACGUGUAGGAAUAUGCUCCACAAGUUAUCCUUCACUUGUGAAGAAAAUUAUUAUCCUUAUAAAAAUUGUUAUGACAUCUACCCAUCUGUGCGAAGGAGUCAAAAUAAUCUUUGUCAUUUCGAACUGAAUCCCAUAUACAAAGAAUUAAAGGAGCUCUUUCCAGACUCUUGUAAUAUUGGCCAACGCAUUAGAAAAUGCUAUGAGGAGAUACAAAAAAAUAUUGUCUGCACACAUAACGGUGAAGAAGGAGAAGAAGGAGAAGAAGAAGGAUGCAAGUACUACAACUUUAUUGUAAAUACAUUCAUAAAGCCGAGGAGGAAAACGUCCUUUUUUAUUUAUCACAAUAUGUAUGUGCAGGAAUAUCUAUCAAAAAAAUCCUACCCCUAUUACUUACUGCUCAGUGAGGUCAUAAAAAAUGAAGAAAAUAACAUACUCGAAAAAGGCAACUAUGAUUUAGUAGCCGAUGCACAGACGCACCUCUUCUUAAAUCACGUUUUGCAAAACUCUACCUUUUUUAUCUUUUGGAAUUUCUCCACUGAAUUUUGGAAAAGGCUUCGGUACAUCCAAGCGAGUCCAACCGGGGGUACUUCCACACCGCAGAAAGGGCAAGCCGUGUUUUGCCCCAUGGCCUAUGCGUACGAAUUUGUGGAGCACCUCGACACGUUUUAUGUCAGGGAGUAG